GAUAAUGCUGAUGGUUUGUUAUGAAUAAACAAAAUGGAAGCGAGCUUGGUUGAGGUUAUACAACAAUGACAGAUUUAACUCAAAUCCAGUUUUAUAUUCCUUGGAAGAACCGCGCAUAGCACUAUAUUCUAUUGAAAAUUGCGCAUCUGCCCUAUAUCCGACAUACCUAUCGACAUGAGUAAGAUGUAUUCAACAACUAACCUUUCUGAUAAGGAGUUGAAAGAACAGGGGAACCGCUUGUUCAAUUUGCACAAAUACGAGGAUGCAGCCAGUUGUUAUACAAAAGCAAUCAUCAAAAAUCCAACUCAAGCUACAUAUUUCACAAAUCGUGCCCUGUGCCACCUUAAACUGAAACGAUGGGACUCGUCCUGUCAAGACUGUCGAAGAGCUCUUGACAUAGAUCCGUGUCUGGUCAAAGGUCAUUUUUUCUUGGGUCAAGCACUCCUUGAAUUGGAAUUAUUUGACGAGGCUGUCAAGCAUCUUCAACGAGCGGUGGACCUAGCCAAAGAACAAAAGCUGAAUUAUGGAGAUGACGUGACAGCUGUGCUAAGGCAGGCAAGAAAACGACGUUUUCAAUUGCGGGAAGAACAAAGGGUGGCACAAGAUAUUGAACUGCAAUCCUAUCUUAAUCAAUUGAUCAUUCAGGACGCGGAUCGGAACAUUGCUAGUCUUGAGGCCAACGACAGUGAAGUCACAGAGAAUGAAGAAGAUACUAAUAGAACAGGAAGGACAAAAGAACAGGCUGAAGAGUAUCGAGACAACUGUAUUGCUCAUCUGAACGAUUUAUUUGCUAAAGUGGAUGAACGAAGAAGAGUGCGGGAAGUACCAGACUACCUCUGUGGCAAAAUCAGUUUCGAAAUCCUUCAAGAACCUGUGAUAACGCCAAGUGGUAUCACCUAUGAACGAAAGGACAUCGAGGAACAUUUGCAGAGGGUGGGUCAUUUUGAUCCUGUGACCCGAGUUCGCCUAACCCAAGAUCAGCUCAUACCUAACUUAUCCAUGAAAGAAGUCGUUGACGCAUUUCUUCAAGAAAAUGAAUGGGCACUGGAUUACUAAGUGUCGGGCAAAAUCUAACAAAUAUUCUCCAACCUGUAAUACCAUUAUUCUAUAAUAUACCACUGUAAUUACCACGUGUACUAUACUACCAGUUGUACUAUAGCACAAGUAUACGAAACUCUAAUCCAAA